AUGCAACGGGCCGGCAGUUCGAAUUCACCAGAUCCUCACAAACUGCCGUUGGCGAAUUGUUUAAAAGGGUUAUAUUCGAGGAGAACUUGGUUCGAACUGAUGCGCCUUUACCAUUUACCAUUCCUAAACUGUAAUAAAUCAGAGGUUUUUCGAUUUUUUUAUCAAAAAAAUUAAUAUUUUUUUCAAUUCAGAACACGAAUUUCGACGCGACGCAAGUGGUUGAACUAAUGUUGGGCCGUUCUUUAAAAGAUAAACUGGAGAAUACGCCAGUUUGGUUUCAUAUCACGGAUAAUAUUGGGAAUAUUUUGAAUUCUCGUGUCAGGAAUGCUUGGAGGGUUAUUGUCCCGAGUGAAAAGGAUAUGAAAUCUUUGAGGUUUGCGGGAUAAUUAUCAUUUUAGGAUAGAUAGCUGAAAUCAACUUUCAUUCUGAUAUUUAUCAGUUAAAAAAAUGUUUUUUUGAAGGAUUGUUUUACUUAAUUUUUUUGAACUCCUAAUUUUUACCGAAAAAAAUGAAUUUAUUAAGGAAGUCUUAAUUUAAACCAUUGAAAUAGAUUCUUGAUAAGAAUAAUUAGUUUUUUUAAGGAAUAAUUCAAUCAAAAUGGGAAUCCUUGAGUUAAGAAAAAAAUAAUUAUGUUAUAAGAUUUUUAACCAUUGUAGUACAGUUUCAACUGUUCUUUGUAAUUUUUUUGAAAAGUUUUGAAAACAUUCUACUAUAAAUGCUUUUUUUAAAUUUAAUAUUAUGAACUUUUUUUCAGAAUUUAAAAAAACUUAAUUGUUAAGACAAAGUACCACAUUAGCUCGAAAUCUUAAUUUUUUUCAGAUUUUUUUAGCACGAGUUGCGAAUUUUUUUAUAUAUUUAAAUCUAUUCGCAUGCAAAACAACAAAUGUAAAUUACAAGAAAGGUGUUUUUCCAUGGGAUUCUUCAAAACUUGACAUGAAAAAUUAUUUUUUUGGCCGUUUCAUGAAGUGUUUUUUUGAAAUUUUUUUGUGAAUAUUCGAAGAAAUAAUUUCAAUUUUUCCAGUGCCUGUGAAGUGAAAGGUGAAAUACUGCGAAAAUACUCGAAAGUCUUGUUGAUGGCCGCCGGAUUCCAAGAAAUCAUCGGCCUGAAUAAUUGUUUGAUCAUCGCCAAUUGGUUCGCUGCACUGGAAACACUACAAACCAAGAAAAUCCCAUUGCCGAAUCUCAAAAUCCUCGAUGGUAAUUUUUUUUUGGCGACUUGAAAAGGUUUUUUGUCAAAAUAAGACUCAAAAUUUCUUGGCGCGAAAGUUUUCUGAUAAAAUGAGCGUUUACGCACCUAAUAUUGUGGACUCUAUCGAAGCUCUAUUCAGCGCGGGAUCUGCGAUAUCGCGAAAGUACUGCGCGAUAUCGCUAAAGUACUGCGCGAUGUCGCGAAAGUUGUGCGCGAUAUCGCGAAAGUAAUGCUCGAUAUCGCUAAAGUAAUGCUCGAUAUCGCAAGAGUACUGCGCGAUGUCGCUUUUAUUUUCUUUUAUUCAUGCCAUCAUAAAAGUUAAAAAUAAUGAAAGUAAUUUUUAAAUUUAUAAUUUAUGAGCAUGAGCGAUAAGGCAGCGGAACUUUGGCGAUGUCGCAGAAAGUAGCCUAGGCUAUAUCGCCUGCGGUAUAGUCAACUAUAUAGGGUGUAGUGUUCUUAUAAAUAAACCAUACAAUAAUCUUGUAAGAAUCGAACCGUAAGGGGCCCCUAGAGGGUAUAUUUUAGAAAUAAUUUCUAGGGGGGUUUUUUUGAAAAGCAUAUUACUCAAAAUGCUCGCAUUUUUACAAGCGUCUUCAGCGCCAAUUGGGAGGAUGUUCCGUUCCAAAGCGAUGCGAACCUGGAUUUCCAACGAUUUGGAGCGAAAUCGGGUCACAAAAAAACGACGAUUUUGAAACGUCUCUUUCUUUUGCUGUCGUCUUCGUUUUUUUCAGAGUUUGAGGUUGGUUUUGAAAUGUGAAUCGUCGGAAUCAUCAAUAAUUGAAUAGGUUGAUAACUUUGAAAGAUUUUUCUUAGAAGAUCCGAAAAAAACACAAGUAGUUCAUUUUUCUAGCAUGUUUGAUGUAUUUAAAGGCGGAAUUUCGGGCCAAAAAUGAUUUUUCAAAAAAUUUUUUUAAGCGCAUUUUUUUAAACUUUUCCACAGUGAGAGAGAACUCUUGUCGGGACCAUUAAAAAAAUUACAUUUUUUUCAUUUAUAACAACUUUUAGGAGCCUUUGAAAAACCAAAAAUUCAAAUUUUUUUGAGGUUUCUCUUUAAGAAAGAUGCUCAUUAUUUUCUCAAUAAAUUUUUUUUCAAAGUUUGAUCUGGGUAGAAACCCUUAAGAGAUAACUCGAGACAUUCUUUUUCAUUCACAGAACAACUUUGUAUGUUUUAAAAAGCGGUAAAAUUUCGAUAAAUUUGAAUAUUUUCGUCUCAGGACAUUUCCUGAAGAUCCCUGAUGAGUUUAGGAAUAGAAUAUGUCAUAUUUUUCUUCAAAUUUUGAAAUGUUUUAAAAAUAUGUUUUUCCCAGCAAGAGAACUGCGAGCUGUAUAAACUCCACAACCGUGUUCCCGGUCUCGUUUUUCUGGAAAUUGCCGUUCGAAAAAUUCCGCCAAGAAGCCCUGGCCGACUUCCGAAGACGUUACAAGGCGAUUCGGGUCGAUAAAGUUGGGAGAUUAAGUAAACAUUUUGAAAAGGAACGAAAUUCAGGAAAGUCUGCCUCCGCGGAAUAAUGGAAUACCCGUGGCUAAGCUCCGAUUAUUCUGUUCUAAUGGGGAUUUUCGCCCGAUUUAUUCGAAUCCGAAGGUUUGUUGGGACGCGUGCGGUCGCGUCGCGGUUUUUGGCGCAAAUUAAAAACUUUUUUUUUCGGUUUCCCGAGUCGAUAAUAUCAUUCUAGAGAUGAUCUUUCAUAUAGCUGAUUCACGGCCAGCUUGGGACGCUAAGGGGGCGUGUCCUGCCUGCGCUCUCCACGAGCUAAGCGCUAUCUCGUGCAUUAUCGUGUCAGGACCCUUUUUUCGAUAGCUCAAGCCAGCCGCGCCGCAUCAUUAGAAAAAAGAAAAAAGACUUUAGCGCUCAAAUUGGAAACUUUCCAACACGCUGCAAGAUCUGAACGCCGCAUUGGAUUAUUUCUCCGAAGCGGCCGGAUUUUCAAGAGUUCGAUGUAAGACAUUUGUCAUGGUCGCACUUGGAAUGGCUCGAUGUGCCGCGAGCCAUUCCAAAUGCGGCCAAAAAGUUAAAUAGGCCAGAAAAAUUUUUCCAGCGUCAUAUUUCGGUGUGAAAGGCCUCCGUGAUUUCGCCCAUUAUCAGAGGAAAUAUCAUAGUAAUUAAAUAUUUAAUUGAUAAUUUUUAAUUGGAAGUUUUGAGGCGAUAAGAAGCUCUAUGUGAUGACUGCGGAUAUCACCAAGUGUUUUUCGGCGAUUUUGGCGACCCGCAUGAAAAAAGUCUUGCGGUUGAUUUUCGUUGACAGGUUUGUGGGGCGGGAAAUGAUUUUUGAAAAUUUAAAAGAGUUCUUGAUUUUUCUCAAGAAGACAAUUGAAGUGUUGAAAAGAUGAAUUUUUGAUUUCAAAGAAUAUUGAAAGGAUUUUUUAAGGUUUUAUUUGUACCUAUUCUUCUUUUUCUCCAUGUGUUAGACGAAGUAUUUGGAAUCACAAAAAGUGAUAAAAAAAUUUUUUAAGACGUAAAAAGGGGCAAAGAAAAAUAGAACAUUUUGAAGUUCAUGUCUGGAUUUUGAUGGAAAAUGGUCCCUCUUUUGGUAAAAUCAUAUGGUUCUAUAUUUAAAGGCACAGUAGUUAGGAAUGACUCAAAAAAAACCCUUUCUCGGAUUUUCGAAAAAAAAAAAAUAGGAAAAGCUUGUAUUGCGCAAGGAGCGAGAGAAAAUAUUUUUGUUUUCUUUUUUUUGAGCUUGGGCUUCUGCUAUCAAGUUUGCUCUAUUGAUUAGGAUUCUGAAAUUUUGUCUGAACCUCUUCUUUUCGCAUACUAUUUCGCUUACCUCUUCAAGUGUCGUCUCAAGAAAUAUAGCCUAUCAAGCCCCUUAUGUUAAACUCCAACCGAAACCAAACUCAAGAUUAAUUAUUUGUCCAUGGAGCGAACAUGAUGUUAGGAAUUCCCUUUUUACCAUUCUUCUUCCUCAGGCCGGCGGUGAGAGCAACCGGCUGGGCUCAUCGUCGCUGCGGUGCCGGGGAGCGCAAAUUCCGAAAAGUUACGGUAGCCGCCACGGCGGCCGAGGCUCGCGAGAAACUGGUUAACGUCGUUUGCAGGGGCUACGAUGUCAAGGAUAUCAGAACGGAGGUUUUGUGGGCUUUUCCAGAAAAAUGGUCGCAUUUAGAAUGGCUUAUAACGUUGCGGCUGCAUUUCAAAGCUUGUCUAUGGUUAGGUGCGAAAGUAGUUUCAAGUCGGCUGCGAUUUACGCGUUGAGUCAUCACGCAUGAGCCCAUUGAAGUCGUCGAAAAGUUCGCAUCUAGAAUGGCUUAGAGCGUUGCGACUGCAUUUUAAAGCUUCUUAUGGCUACGCGCGCAAGUAGGUUCAAGUCGGCUGCAAAUAAGUAUCGAAUCCUUCCACAUGCGACCAUGAAAGUUAUUUGCGAAACUAGGAUGUCAGAGGCAUCAGAACUGAGAGUUCGGGGCGUUUGCAAAGAAAUGGUCGCAUUUAAAAUGGCUAAGUGCGUCGCGGUUGGGACGCAGCUGCGUUUUAAAGCUUUCCUAUGGCUACGUGCGCAAGUAGGUUCAAGUCGGCUCUGAUUUACGUGUUGAGUCAUUCCAAGUGCGGCCAUGAACAUCAGAACUGAGCCGUUCGUUUACUUUUUUCAGUAAAAUGGUCGCAUUUCGUUCAAAAGCUUUUAUAGCUACGCGCGCAAGUAGUUUAAUUUCAAUUCAAUUUUAUUCAGACAUCAGAGUAAUCAAAAAGGCUCUGCUGAAUCAUGGUAGAUUUAAAGAGCUCCUUGUUGUUGCGCGCAACGGUCGACCAAUUCUCCCCAAGAACGCUUCGGAAGUCAUCUCGCCAACGUGCUCGUGGUCGUCCAACAGAUCUUUUCUUCUCCCAGGGCCGCUAUUCUACGAUCUUCUUUGCCCACGUUUCUUCUCCCGUCACGAUUUUCUUUGCGAAGAACCAUUUUCUUCUUGUUGCAACCAUUCGAGCAUCACGCAUCUUCAAUCUUUCGUGGAGCCAACUGUUUGAUCUUCUAUCCAUUAGAGUCACACCAAGCAUUCUUCUCAUCAUCUUCCUCUGUGCUGUGGCUAACAUGUUCAUCUCUGUUUUCUUGAGGGUCCAGACUUCUGAUCCGUAUAAGAGCGCAGGUUCUAUACAAGCUUGGUAUAUUUUGACUUUGUUCUUGAGAGGUGUUGUUUUCUUCGUCAGAUAUAUAGAGAACUUGUGGAAAACUGCCCAUGCAGAUUGGAUUCUGCGGAGUAGUUCCGUUUUGAAACCUUCCGCGAAAUGAAGAUGCGUUCCGAGAUAUGUGAACUGGUCAACAUAUGAUACUUCUUUUCCGUCUACUUCCACUCUUCUCUUCGCUCGGUUUGACAUGAUAUACGUUUUCGAGAAAUUGAUGAUCAAGCCAGAUUUCUUGCUCUCAGUGGCUAGUUGGUUUGCCAUUUCUUCUAAUUUCUUCGAGCUUGAAGCGAACAAAACGAUGUCGUCAGCAAACCGGAGGUGUGUGAGAGGCGUCCCGUUAACGGAGAUCCCAUGUUCACUCCAGUCGAGUCUUCGUCUGCAAGCCCUGGACAAGCCUGACGCCGUACUGCUCCACCAUGGUGAAGACUCUCCUCGUUGGAACGCUGAACGUCAGAUUGCUUCUCACCAACGAACGACUCGCCGCACUCGAAAACGCAAUCAGGGAAGUGAAUUUUGAUAUUAUCGGCCUCUGCGAAGUUCGCCGGGCUGGUACUGGUAGCCUUGUGCUUAACGACACCAAGCACACCCUCUACUACCAUGGGACGGCAUCUCAAGCCGGUGUAGGGUUCCUCGUUCAUAAAAGCUUGGCAGCCAACGUCGAUUUCACUCCUGUUAGCGAUCGACUUGCGUACCUAGACCUUAAACUCAAAAAGAAACGGGUAGGAGUCAUCCAAGUGUAUGCGCCAACCACGUCUUACGCCGAUGAGGUCUUUUCCAGCUGCCUAGAGGACUUAGAGCAGGCUCUGAGUCGAAUCCAACGUCGUGAUCGGCACCCGGGGGCGGAUUCUUCUUAUUCCUUGACUCUAGGGGACUUCAAUGCCAAAGUCGGCUCAAAAACAUCAACCGAAUCCUCUCUCGGUAGCCAUGGCAUAGGAGUCCGUAAUGAUCGUGGUAACACACUUGUUGAUUUCUGUGAGGCAAACGGAUUGAGAAUCUGGAACACGUACUUCAAAAAACGUGGAACCAAAAAAUGGACUUGGAAAUCUCCCGAUGGCGUCACGAAGAACUGCAUUGAUUACGUUAUUGCGGAUCGUCGUUGCCCUAUCUACGACGUGGAUGUCAUCGCGAAUCUUCAUUUUGACACCGACCAUCGUCUCGUUCGAGCAAAAAUGAAGAUAGUUUCCCGCCACGUCAACAAACGCGCAACCUCAAAGCGUGUUUUCGACAAGCCACUAUUUUCGUAUGCCGUAGAACGACUCUUCAAUCAAAACUCUCCUGAAACUUACGAGUGUUUGAAGAAAGUCUUUAGUGAAGCUUCGACCAUCGCGACUACCUACAGUACCGCUCAAAAAGUAUAUUAAGUUUUGGUUUUUGAGGAUAUCUCAGCGAGUACUUAUCCGAUUCAUACAUAACUUUCAGGGAUAAUGUAAAAUAUACUUUGAAACAUAUAUGGUAUACAAAGACAUGUCCGCAAUCACUGUGACGCGUUUUAGGCAUUUUUUUAUUGAAUUCAAUUUUUUUGUUUUUUUAUGCUUUUUUUAAAAUUUAUUUUUAUUAAAUUUUUUUAAAAAUUAAUAAUGUUGCCAUAUGAUUUUUUUCAUGUUUUUCAGACAUGGGAAGAACCUUUGGAAAUAAGAAUUUGACUGAUAACGACAAAAAGAGCCAUCGUUGUGGGUCGUCAAAAUGGACUGACCAUGAUGACGUUGGCAGGAAUGUUCGGCGUGACAGAGGCGGGCAUUUCUCAGUUCCUAAAGCGUCAGAAAGCUCAAGAUGGCUCUACUAACAGCCAACGCACUGGAAGACCACGUGUCACUGAUCGUAAUGACGAUAGGAACAUUUUUGAAGACGUCUAGAACCAAUCCAAGACUCACCGCCCCUGCGAUCAGACGGGAAGUUUUCUUGAAUUCGCCAUCUCCGCCAUCCGUCUCGACCGUGAAACGACGUCUGAAUGCUGCUGGAAUCAUGGGAAGACGUCCAGUGAAGAAACCGCUGAUUUCUGAAAAGAAUCGAGCCGCCAGGGUGAAGUGGGCGAAGGAGCAUCUCAACCGGACCCGUCAAGACUGGAACAAGAUUCUGUGGUCCGACGAAACGGUCCUCCACCAUGUUUCACAGUGGAUAAUUGGUAUUUCGGAUGAUAUCUGGACCCAAUAGGUCUACGAACCCACUGAAUUUCGUCACUCCCGAAGAGGAGGAACUUGUUUUCGUCGGACCACAGAAUCUUGUUCCAGCCUUGACGCGUCCAGUUGAGAUGCUCCUUCGCCCACUUCACCCUGGCGGCUCGAUUCUUUUCAGAAAUCAGCGGUUUCUUCACUGGACGUCUUCCCAUGAUUUCAGCAGCAUUCAGACGUCUUUUCACGGUCGAGACGGAUGGCGGAGAUAGCGAAUUCAAAAAAACUUCCCGUCUGAUCGCAGGGGCGGUGAGUCUUGGAUUGGUUCUAGACGUCUUAAAAAUGAUUCUAUCGUCAUUACGGUCAGUGACCCGUGGUCUUCCAGUGCGUUGGCUCUUAGUAGAGCCAUCUUGAGCUUUCUGACGCUUUAGGAACUGAAAAAUGCAAGCCUCUGUCACGCCGAACAUUCCUGCCAACGUCAUCAUGGUCAGUCCAUUUUGACGACCCACAACGAUGGCUCUUUUGUCGUUAUCAGUCAAAUUCUUUUUUCCUGAGGUUCUUCUCAUGUCUGAAAUCAUGAAAAAAAAACAUAUGGCAACAUUAUUACUUUUAAAAAAAUUUAAUAAAAAUAAAUAAAAAAAUAAAAAGCAUAAAAAAACAAAAAAAUUGAAUUCAAAAAAAUGCCUAAAACGUGUCACAGUGAUUGCGGACAUGUAUUCGUAUACCGUAUAUGUUUCAAAGUAUAUUUUUUUCAUAAUCCCUGAAAGUUAUAUAUAAAUCGGAUAAGUACUCGCCGAGAUAUCCUCAAAAAACCAAAACUUAAUAUACUUUUGAGCGGUACUGUAUGAGCCGAUUCCUUCUCGGUUUUCGGCAAGAACUGAAAAACUCUUUCUGAAGCGUCAAGAACUCCAGUCGCAAACUCAUACACCUUCUGGUCGGAUCGAGUUUUGCAUGACGAACAAGGCCCUUCGGGUUUCGAUCAAGAACGACACCGAGAUGAACCUACAUAACAAGAUCGAUAAAGCAAUCAAGAAACAUCGGAGUGUUCGAAAAGCAUUGAGAAAAUCCAAAGUUUGCUCGAUCGCUUUGACCCAACUCCAGCGGGUUGAUGGAACGAUCGCCGCUUCAAAAGAAGAUGUUGCAAAGACGGUCCAAGCAUUCUACAACUCUUUGUAUGCUGCACAACAAAGCUCUCCGGCAAUCAUCGCGCCACCCCAAGAUGACCUUCCGUCUAUUUUGCCGAGCGAGAUUCGUACUGCUUUGCGCAAAGCAAAACGAGGGGAAAGCCCCUGGACCUGACUUCAUAACGCUGGAGAUGCUCCUAGCUGCCGAAGAAAAUGCAGUCCCGAUUCUUGCGAGUAUCUACAACGAAUGUCUCAAAAACGAGAGAACUCCGACUUCGAUGUCAGACUCAAUAGUCCGCCUACUUCACAAGAAAGGGAGCUGCCUUGACAUCGGAAACUACCGACCUGUAGCCUUGAUGUCGACUAUCCACAAAAUCUUCACCUCCAUCCUAAGAAGACGGGCAGAACGGUCUCUGGAAGAAGCACAACCUAUCGAACAAACGGGAUUCCGACCUGGAUACUCGACCUCAGAAAACACACUGGUCGUCUCCGAAAUGAUCCAGAAGUCACACGAAUAUCGCUUCCCAUUAUUUUUGAUGUUCAUCGAUUAUAAGAAGGCGUUCGAUAGCGUGGAAUUCGGAUCCCUUUGGACGGCUCUAAGCGAAUUUGGCGUUCAUUCGAAAAUAGUUAACACGCUCAAGAACAUCUACGACGAAGCGAAAGUGUCUGUCCGAAUCCGCGGGCACGACAUCCCAGUACAAAUUGGAAGAGGCGUGCGGCAAGGCGACACUAUUUCGCCCAACCUUUUCAACGCUACUCUUGAGCAAGUAGUUUAGGUCGGCUGCAACUUACAUUUCAAGGCGUUCCAAAUGCGAAAAAAAAUCGUCGUUCACAAAAACUAUGAACUAAGAUGCAUCAGAAUUGAGGUUUUGUGUGGUUUUUCAGUAGUGUGACCGCAUUCAGAAUGGCUCAAAGGCUCGCGGUCGCAUUGCGGCUGUAUUUUAAAGUUGUCCUAUGUUUACGCGCGCAAGUAGUUUUGAGUCGGUUGCAAGUUUCAAUCCAUUCCAUAUGCGAGCAUGAACGUUGUUGCAAAGGCUACGAUGUCAUAGACAUCAGAACUGAGGUUUCGGGCGUUUUCAGAGAAAUGACCGCAUUCAGAAUGGCUCAGCGCGUCGCGGCUUCAUUUGGAAGAUUUCUGAUGCAUACGCGCGCGAGUAGUUUCAAGUCGGCUGCAACUAGCCAUUCCAUUUGCGACCAUAAUCAUACAACCUCUCUCUAAUUUCAAAAAUGUUAAAGAUCCUCUAUCCUUGGGAAGCCUUCUCUGGAAUCAUGACUCAGCUGAAACAGUUUUACGUGAGUUUUUCCUUCAAGUUUAGUUUUGGAACAAUCUGACCUCCCUGCGCUAUCUUCUCUCUCAUCGAAGAUGAGUUGAGAAAAAAAUAGCAUGUGAAAAAGUGAGGGUCGCAGAGAAAUCAGAAUUUUUCCUUCAGAUUUCGAUCGAUAAAAGCAAAAUUUGCCGGAUCACUGAUGGAGUUCCGCAGGGAUUCGCCUUGUCGACUCGCUUUGGCUCAUGUUGGGAUUUUUCUCAUUUAAAAAAAAAAAGAACAUUAAUCUUUUAGUUGCCAUGUUUCCAUAUGAAAAACUCGAAAAUCUUGAAUUUUCCGAAAAAAAUGACCUGUUUUGGUGGAUUGGAAACUAAGUUAUAGGUGAUUGUACUUUUCGACGAAAAUCAAAAAAUCAGCCAAAUUUGGUAUCAAUCGAUAGAGGGGAUCAGGAAGGUCAAGAAAAAAUAGGUCUCUAAGUUUCUAACUUUCCUAGGAAAUCAGUUAUGAUUUUUCUGUCUAUUUUUUUCUAAGAAAAGUUAAACCUAGAUUUUUUAAAGUUAUUUUGGGUAUAUUUGCCUUUUUCCAGCUCUACAUCCGAGUUUUCGAACAAAAGUACUGGAAAAAUUACCUGUCAAGAACCGACGUCUACAUGUUCCGCUACAUUGACGACUUCAUUUUGUGCUCACCCCACAAGGAAAUUUUAAUUGAGGUCUCUGUUUCAUCACAAAAAAGAUCAAUAAUAAAAAAGUCUAGAUGACCCAAACACUUUUCGACGGAGAUAACAACUUUGGAUUGAGCGCGAGUUUGAAAAAAACUCAGGUGGGUUUUCAGGUCCCUAGAGUGGUCACUUGGAACUCAGGCAUCCUAGAACAUUAUAACAAGUGUUGUUCAAAAGCGGUCACUUAAGGGGAAUUUUCCAAAGUUAACAUUCCAUUUUACUCGAUUUUUGUCAACAGUAAACGUAAAAACAGUCGAGAUUGUUAAAAAAUCAUAGGAAAAACUACGAAUUUAUGUUUUCGCGUCAUUUCUGUUCAGAGACUUUGUUUCCGGGAUUUCAGUAAUAGAUUAGUUGUAAGUAGUAUAGGUAUAUGCUUGCAUAGAAAAAAGGGGCGGAGCUUAGGCGAGCGCGCCCUUUGAUUGAUGGGCGCGCUAGUGGCACCCCUCGAGGGGGUACUCAGAUUGUAAAAAUAACCGAAUUGUAUUUUACAUUUUUUUAAAACUAUUUAAGAAUAUUUUCCGAAAAAAAUUUAUCAAAAAAAUAAAAAAUAAAUUUACAGAUGAUACAACGCGUCGCGGGAUCGACGGUUGCCGAUCCAUUAGCAAAAAAAUAAUGAAAAAAACCUGAGAUAAAUUUUUUUCAAAAUAAAUGGUUCGAUACUCUCCUCAUCGGCGGCAUCAUCAUCAUCGCGAUGGGAAACUUUUUGAAUUUAUUUCAGGUUUUUUUAUUUUUUUGUUUUUCAUCUGGAGCGGCAACCGUCGACGUCGAUCCCGCGACGUGUUGAUUUAUCUGUAAAUUUUUAAAUUUUUUGUUAAUAGAUUUUUUUAAAAAAAUAAUCUUAGAUGGUUAAAAAAAUUUUUUUAGUACAAUUCGGUUAUUUUUCACCAUCUGUGUACCCCCGGAAUGUAGUACAAAUAGAUGCUGGCAUAGAAAAAAGGGGCGGAUCUUAGGCGCGCUGGGAGGCUCCCUCGAGGGGUGCCACUAGCGCGCCCAUCAAUCAAAGGGCGCGCGCGCCUAAGCUCCGCCCCUUUUUUCAAUGCGAGGAUAUACCUAUAUUACUCACAACUAAUUUAUUAGUGCAAUCUCGAAAAAGAGGGAGUAUAAGAUCGUUUUUGGAGCACAUUUUUCCUGGAUUUAUCCACCAUGAAAGGCCAAAAAGGGAGCUCUCUCCUCGAGGGGUGCCACCAGCGCGCCCAUCAAUCAAAGGGCGCGCGCGCCUAAGCUCCGCCCCUUUUUUCAAUGCGAGGAUAUACCUAUACUACUCACAACUAAUUUAUUAGUGCAAUCUCGAAAAGAGGAGUAUAAGCUUUUUUUUCGUUUUGGAGCACAUUUUCCUGGAUCUAUCCACCAUAAAAGGCCAAAAAAAGGGGCCUCCCCGCUCGAGGGGUGCCACCAGCGCGCCCAUCAAUCAAAGGGCGCGCGCGCCUAAGCUCCGCCCCUUUUUUCUAUGCGAGGAUAUACCUAUACUACUUGCAACUAAUCUAUUAGUGCAAUCUCGAAAAGAGGGGCAUAAGAUUUUUUUUUUUCGUUUUGGAGCACAUUUUCCUGGAUUUAUCCACCAUGAAAGGCCAAAAAAAGGGAGCCUCUCCCCUCGAGGGGUGCCACCAGCGCGCCCAUCAAUCAAAGGGCGCGCGCGCCUAAGCUCCGCCCCUUUUUUCUAUGCGAGGAUAUACCUAUACUACUCACAACUUAUCUAUUAGUGCAAUCCCGAAAAGAGGGGCAUAAGAUUUUUUUCCGUUUUGGAGCACAUUUUCCUGGAUUUAUCCACCAUAAAAGGCCGAACUCAUAACUUGAUGUUCAACGCCCACAGACUCCAUCUCCAGGUCAAAUUUUGCAGAACUUUUUUAGUUGUUUCCUACUUUGAGAAAAUAAUCUACUCUAGAAGUCACUUACAUUGUCAAAUUCUUCUAAAAUCAGGCCGGUUUUCCUAGAAUGAUAUUUGAAUUCUAGAAGUUUGACCUACAAGCAAUUUUAGCCAUUGCUUGUAGGUCAAACUUCUAGAAUUCUACCUUUUUUUCUUGAAAUACUCCGCAUUCACGGAAGAAUCCCAUUUUGUACUCUUUUUUUUUAAAUAACGUUAUAUUCUAGCCGGAAUCGAUUCAUUUCAGGUCAAUUUCCCGUACGAGAACUUCAAACACAACGAAAAAUGGAUAAAUUGGUGCGGCUGGCGAAUUUCGGCAGACUGUCGCGAAUACUACCGAAAAGUCAAAGUCCACAAUAAGAUGAUGUUUGAAAAUCAAAAAGGAAGGGUAUAAAAUUGGGGGUUACAGCUGGAAAGCCCAGCGACUGGAAAUCGAGAAGGAGAAGAAGAAUAACAAGAGGAAGAAGUAUGCUGAAGUGAUCACUCUCGACUAA